AUGGGUCAAAUUUUCACCUUACAUGCCAGGGGGUAUAAGGUCCUUCGUCACAUCGAUGGUACGCCAUCACCACCAAAAAAAGAUCCAACCUAUGAAGCCUGGGAAGAACUUGAUGAUGUGGUUUUACAAUGGAUAUACGGAAAUGUGUCUGAUGAACUGUUGGUUCGGGUACUUAAAACCGAAUCUACUGCCCGAGAGGCAUGGGUUCGCAUCUCUAAGUUGUUCCUCAACAACAAGGGUUCUAGAGCCGCAGCUCUAGAACAUGAAUCCUCCAAUCUGAAACUCAAGGCCAUGCCUUCCCUUGAGGCAUAUUAUCAACGCCUUAGGGAAUUGGCUGUUAUGAUGGAUGUUGUCGAAAGCCUAGUCCCAGAAAGUCGACUCAUCAUUCAGCUUGUUCGCGGACUACCACCGGAGUACGACACCACCGCCUCUCUCAUCAAUCAGAACCUCCCCUCCUGGGAGGAUGCUAUCGGGAUGCUACAACUUGACCACCAGAGACAAAUGGCUCGUGACACUCUUAGUGAUGCAAACACUAACACUGCCCUAACAGCAUUGUCUUCUGAACCAAUUGCUGCAGCUACCUAUGUGCCUCCCUAG